UUCUUGGGCAGCCAGCAAGCGAGCAAGAGAAACUGGACUGGACAGAAGUUGAGAAGCUAGUCAGACAAUGGAUUUGAUCCACAAGUUCCUGAAUCUGGUGGCUCCUCCUUUCACUUUCUUUUCUCUCUGCCUCUUCUUGCCCCCUUUCUACGCUUUCAAGUUCUUCCUCUCCAUCUUGAGCUCCCUCUUCAGCGAGAGCGUCGAAGGUAAGGUCGUCCUCAUCACCGGUGCUUCCUCCGGCAUCGGAGAGUACCUGGCUUACGAGUAUGGGAGGAGGGGUGCAUGCUUGGCUCUGGUGGCCCGGCGGGAGAUGUCGCUGCGGGAAGUGGCGGAGAGGGCGAGGGAGUUGGGCUCUCCAGACGUUAUAGUCAUUCAGGCCGAUGUUUCCCAAGUCGAUGACUGCAGGCGCCUCGUCAACGAGACCAUGAAUCACUUCCAAAGACUGGACCAUCUGGUCAACAACGCAGGGAUUAGUUCCAUCUGCAAGUUUGAAGAUGCAGGCGACAUCACCAAUUUUAGAGCUAUCAUGGACACUAACUACUGGGGUUCGGUCUAUACCACCCGGUUCGCAGUUCCAUACCUAAGGUACAGCAGAGGCAAGAUCAUAGUGCUUUCUUCCUCUGCCUCCUGGUUGCCUGCUCCUCGAACGAGUUUCUACAAUGCAAGCAAAGCAGCCCUGCUGAACAUGUUCGAGACAUUGAGGGUGGAGCUGGGUCCAGACAUUGGAAUAACCAUUGUUACGCCUGGCUUCAUAGAGUCUGAGCUGACUCAAGGGAAGCACUUCACCGAGGAAGGCAAGCUGGAGGUGGAUCAAGACUUGAGAGAUGUCCAAGUGGGUGUGAUCCCGGUGGGGUCGGUACAAGGAUGUGCGAAAGCAAUAGUGAACGGCGCAUGUAGAGGGCACAGGUACUUGACUGAGCCAGCAUGGUUUAAGAUGACCUACUAUUGGAAGGCAUUCUGCCCCGAGAUCUUAGAGUGGUCGUACCGGCUCAUGUAUCUGGCCGGCCCUGGAGAACCCCCGACGGAAGCACCCAGCAAGAAGUUGGUGGAUCUAACCGGUGCCAAGCAGCUGAUCUACCCGAGCACCAUUCAGACACCCCUAAUCAAAACUGACUAGCCCCCUUUUCCAGUUCUACUCCUUUACCAUCUCGUCCCGCCUAGCAUGUGCAUAGUCUUGUAUGCUGCCGUACAGGGAAAAGGUUACUCUUUUGUAAAUGGAACUGCAAAUAAAAGGAAUCACAGACCUUUCAGUCCUGUA